CCCUCUGCGCCCGGCCCGCUUCCUAUGGGUAUAAUAGCGCUCGGCUCCUGGGCUCCAACACGCCUCCCACCGGACCAGUGGAUCUGCUUUGCCACUUGUUCUGGACCUCAGAGCUCGCUCUUCCUCCAAAUGGACCCGAACUGCUCCUGCCCCACUGGCGGCUCCUGCAGCUGCGCUGGCUCCUGCACCUGCAAGGCCUGCAGAUGCCCCUCCUGCAAGAAGAGCUGCUGCUCCUGCUGCCCUGUGGGCUGUGCCAAAUGUGCCCAGGGCUGUGUCUGCAAAGGGGCCUCGGACAAGUGCAGCUGCUGCGCCUGAUGUCGGGCAGAACCUGCCCUAGUUGUCAAUAGAGCAACCAUGACAAAUUUAUAUAUAUUAUUUUUUCAUACAAUCUGACCUGGUGCUACAUUACCUUUUACUAUGAGACAUGUGAUUUCUAGUAAAGUUGUUGACUAUA